AUGCGAUCGGCUCUGCUUCAGCACACUAGCCGUGAUCUUGGCCACUGUGCUGCCAAGCUCAAGGCUCGCGGAUUUGAGCAGCGUGCCGUCGAGAGACGGGCUGCCACUCAUGCUGAGCUGAUGAAGAAGCGCAACAUCAAGGCCCGCGACGCUGCCGCUGUUCUGGCCACUGACCACAACAACACCGCUCUCGCCUACACCUUGGAUACCGAGGAGAGCGUUAUCUUCGCUUCCAACGGGUCUUGUACUCUUACCCCUGAGGGCGAGAGCGGUCCUUACUACGUCGCCGGCGAAUACGUCCGCACCGACCUGGCCGAGGAUGUUCAGGGUGUCCCUGUCCACUACGAGUUCCAGAUCCUCGAUGCCGACACUUGUGAGCCCCUUGUCGGAGCUUACUUUGAGAUCUUCAACUGCAACGCCACUGGUGUCUACUCCGGUACUACCAACACCGGCAACGGCAACACCGCCGACGUGACCGUCCUCGACGAGACCUGGCUCCGCGGACUGCAGCCCACUGACGACGAGGGUGUUGCCAACUUCGACACCAUCUUCCCUGGUCACUACACCGGCCGCGCCACCCACAUCCACACCCUCCUCCACCGCAACGCCACCGUCCGAGAGAACGGCACCGUGUUCGACACUUCUCUGUCCCACAUCGGCCAGACCUUCUGGGACCAGAGCACCCGUGACCAGGUCGAGCUGCUCGCUCCCUACAACACCAACACCCAGACCAAUACCCUCAACUCCGAGGACAGGGUCUUUGAGACCGAGUCCGAGAACGGCAGUGAUCCCGUCUUCAAGUACGUCCAGCUCGGCGACAGCAUCGAGGACGGUUUCCUGGCUUGGAUCGUCCUCGCCGUCAACACCACCUUGUCCAACACCGUGAGCCCCGCUGCCGUCCUCUACGAAUCCGGUGGUGUCGAGGUGGCCUCCGGCUUCUAA